AUGAUUAGCUAUUUAUACCUCAAAAUUGGGAUGAUCUCCAUUAGAUUGCUUCGAGUGGUAUCAAAAUGAAGCUUAUAGUAUUAUCUCUCGCCAUAUUGGCCGCUUUCGAUUACUCUACCAGCGAAUAUUCCCCAACGAUCAUCCCAAUCAACGGGGGAAGAGAAGGAGACGGAAUCACCACCCGCCACUGGAAUUGCUGUCCCCCAUCCUGCGCUUCGGACCAAGUCAUACACACGAAGAACAAGAAACCAGUCCAAACUUGCAAAAUUGACGGAAGAACCAACAGCACCGUCGAGCAAAACGCCCAGUCAGCUUGCUACGAUGGUGGGGUGGCUUACAUGUGCAGCAACCAAGUAGCCUGGGUGGUCAAUUCCACCCUUGCCUAUGGUUUCUCCGGAGCAUCUUUCACAGGAGGUGAUACUGAUCAGUGCUGCAUCUGCGUUCUCCUCUCUUUCAAAGGACAGCUGACGGGAAAGAAGUUCCUUGUUCAAAUCACCAACACCAACACGGCAGUUAAUCAGUUUGAUCUUGCAAUGCCUGGUGGAGGAGUGGGUAUCUUCGAGGAGGGGUGCUCGUCCCAAUGGGGCACAUCUCCAUGGGGAUGGGGCACCCCUGUGGAAGGCGUGGAGUCUGAGGAAAACUGCAACUUGUUGCCAGCUGACUUGCAGGAGGGGUGCAGAUUCAGAUUUCAGUUCAUGGAGAAUGUGGAUAACCCCGAUGUUUCCUUCAUUGAAGUUCAAUGCCCUGCUGAACUGAAAGCUCUCACUGGUUGUGGAGAUUAGAAGUAUCAUGGAUUAGUGUUCUGAAAAAUAAAUAUGUUUCUGCACAUUAUCGAAA